ACCUUAUUGGUCUGCUGUGUCUGUGUGCUCGAGCAUGUGUGCGUUUCAGGUUAGCCAUUAGCUUGCAGAGAUGGCCGCAGACAAGCAGAACGAGGCUAAACCUUCUCCCACAGAAGAAAACAAAGAGAAUGCACAAGAAGGAGGACUGGGCUUGGAAAUCCUGCAGAUCAUCAAGGAGUCCCAGCAGCAGCAUGGCCUCAGGCACGGAGACUACCAGAGAUACAGGGGCUACUGCUCUCGCAGGCUGCGUCGCCUCCGGAAGACUCUUGGCUUCAAGAUGGGCAACAGACACAAGUUUGUAGGAAAGAAAAUCACUGUGGACAUCCUUUCUGAUAACAGGUACCUGUUGCUGGUUUUGAUGGAGGCGGAGCGUGCAUGGAGCUACGCCAUGCAGCUGAAACAGGAGGCCAACACGGAGCCGAGGAAGAAAUUCCACUUGCUCGCCCGGUUACGCAAGGCGGCCAAGCACAGCGAGAAGCUGGAGAAGCUGUGCGAGAGCCACCGCGUUGAUGCUAAGACCAAACUAGAAGCACAGGCCUACACUGCGUACCUGACAGGGAUGGUGCACUUUGAGCUGCAGGAGUGGAAGCUUGCCAUGGAGGCCUUCAACAAGUGCAAGACCAUUUAUGAGAAGCUGGCCAGUGCCUUCACUGAGGAGCUGGCUCUUCUGUAUCGUCAGCGCGUGGACGAGAUCUCGCCCAACAUCCGCUAUUGUGCUUACAACAUAGGGGACCAGAAUGCCAUCAAUGACUUGAUGCAGAUGAGGCUGACUGGUGGAGGAGGAGGCAUGAUGGCUGAAAAACUAGAGGCUCUCAUCAAUCAAGCCAGAACCAAGCAGGCGGCCACGAUGAGCGAGGUGGAAUGGCGAGGCCGCACCGUGCCUGUGAAGAUCGACAAGGCUCGGAUAUUCCUCCUGGGUCUGGCGGACAACGAGGCCGCCAUCGCCCAGGCCGUUAAUGAGGAGACCAAAGAACAUCUGUAUGAGACCCUGUUGGCUGAGUGCAGAGACACCAUCCAGGCUGUGAGGGAGGAACUCAAGAGCGAGGCGAAACAGCGUGAGAGAAGCUCUGAUAAUGAAGGUGGGAAAGUAAGCAACCUUCAGUUCCUGCACAGUUAUCUGACCUACAUCAAGCUGUGCACAUUGGUGAAGAGAAACGAGAGCAUGGCUCACACCCUGCAGGCUAAACUCAAGGAGACUGGGGCCGACGAGAACAAGAGGGGCCCCCGUCCACAAGACCUCAUCCGACUCUACGACAUCAUCCUGCAGAGUCUGGCUGAGUUAUCCACCCUGCAGGGGCUUGAAGAUGACCACACCUUCCAGAAGGAGGUGUCCCUCAAGACCUUGGUCUACAAGGCCUACAGGUGUUUCUUCAUAGCUCAGUCUUAUGUUCUGGUGAAGAAGUGGAGUGAGGCGCUGGUUCUGUAUGAGAGGGUGCUGAAAUAUGCCAAGGAAGUCCAGUCAAAGGCCAAGAGUCUUAACAAUGUCCUCAAGGAUCUCCCUGAUGUCCAGGAGCUCAUUGCUGAGGUCAAUGCUGAGAAAUACUCUCUUCAAGCUGCUGCCAUUUUAGACACUGAUGAGACCCCUGAAGUGAGCUCUCAGCAGCAGGUGAAAGAUAACACGCCUCUGUGUGAGCACCUGGACAACUUUCACCUGGACAAGACUCUUGUGGGAAAGCACCCCAAUCUGGUCCAGUUCCCCCCUGAGUUCCAGCCGAUCCCCUGUAAGCCUCUGUUCUUCGACCUCGCCCUCAACCAUGUGGCCUUCCCACCGCUGGAUGACAAGGUGGAGCAAAAGGGCAAGGGCGGUCUGACCGGCUACAUCAAGGGCAUAUUUGGCUUUGGCAGCUAAGCUAAAGACCUGAACAUGAAGGCAACAAGGGCCAGAAUUGAUCAAAAACGUGCCUAUUCUCAACAUUGGUGGAGUCUGUGGUCCUUAGGAGGGCGGAGCUAAUCUGACCUUCAGAGUGAGAUUACAGAGAAAAAUACAUCUGCUUCAAGUAGCAAUAUGACCCAUCCUUGCUUUGGUUCUGUAAUGCCAUCAAAGCAAGUAGACAGGAUGGGACCUUUCAGUUGCAGAUCGUUUCUGAAAUGGAAGAGCCAGCAUGCAGCUGGUUUCCCACUUCAGGGACUGAUUCAGCAUUGUUCAACGUGAAGGAGUCAUUUCCCAACGCCUGAAUGAAAGACCAGAUGAAACCAAUUAGUUUGAACAGAUCCACGUCUGCUUGCUCUGCUCUUGGCAACUUGGACCCAUUUAGAUAUCGACACGAUUCAGAACCAAGCAAACAUUUCCCAUCUUGGAGCGAUCCAAGGAAGCAGAUAUGUUGAUCCAACACAAUGGAUGAGUUGUUUAAAUAUGGAAGAUUCUUUGGAUUUUCUUCUUUUGCCCCUUCUGAUCUACAUCAGUCCAUCCAUUAAUUUAAGCUCUGAUGUAGUUAAUAUGGAUACACUGGCAGCUGACCAGUAAGAAAACCAAUAAUCGUCUUUACUUUCAAUCAAAAAUAAAAAUGUUAUUUUUUUUUUUUUAUUUGGCUCAUUAGGAUAUUUGAAAUUCAUGUAAUUCAAGGCUUUCGGUCCAGCUAGUCCAGGUUUAGGUUUAUGCAAUGAACUGGCCAUUUUAUUAGUAGUAUAUUACUUGUAUUGUGCAUAUUCUACAGGGAUGUGUUAACCUCAGUGUCCCUGAUCACAUUUUGUUUAGAGCUGAAGCUCCUGCUGGAGUUUUUGUCUGCAGGAGACAUUAAGCCAUUGAGCUUUUAACAGCCUUUCAUUCAUCACACAGCCACGCCUCAUGGGAUAAAUGUUUUUACAACAUGAAUAACAUGUCUGCAAGUAAAGAAAUGUUCCAGGCAUCUGUUGCUACCCAUUGUUUUGGAAGUAAAGAGCAGUACUUCUAAAACAAUCCGUCUGAUUUCCUCUCCUCUUUUCUGGACCUGGUUUCCCUGUGAUACCCCUGUUAGAGGAGGGUUUUUUUUUUUAAUGCUCGUAAAAUUUGCUGUUUUUGUUUCUGUUCUUUUCCUCUCUGAUUGUUUGUAUUGAACAGUUAAGAUGUGCUCCUCCAUUAGCUCAGAAGAAUCUAAGUAUCAGUGAUUGUUGGAAACUUCUGUGAAAAGAAUAAUGGGGAUGUGUUUCCAGGCCCAUGAAUAAAAUGCAUUGGAACCAAAA